AUGGCUGAGUGCUAUUUACAACAAAUCAAUGACAAAUUCUUCGCCAUUGCCGCCUUCGCCGCCGUGCUGGCCUGCGCCUGCGCUGAUGUUUCCGAACUUGGCUAUGCCUACAGCCAACCCGCUGCUAGCGCUCCAGUAAGCUCUUACUUUGCACCAGCUGCCGCUGCUCCAGAGCCAGCCUAUGCCCCUGCUCCCGCCCCAGCACCAGUCUAUCAAGCUGCCCCAUCUGUUCCCGUCUCAUCGUACAUUCCACCUGCUGCCACUGCUCCUGAGCCAGUCUAUGUUUCCGCUCCAGCACCAGCACCAGUCUAUCAACCAGCCCCAGCUGCCGCUGCUCCAGCUCCCGUCUAUGUUUCCGCUCCAGCACCAGCUCCAGUCUACCAAGCUGCCCCAUCCGCUCCCAUCUCAUCGUACAUUCCACCUGCUGCCACUGCACCUGAGCCAGUUUUCGUUUCUGCCCCAGCACCAGCUCCAGUCUACCAAGAAGCUGCUUCUGAGGUCUAUGAGCAACCCGCUCAAGAUGGUUACAGAUACCGUACCAAAUUCUUCGCUAUUGCCAGCUUAGCCGCCAUAUUGGCUUGCGCCUGCGCUGACGUCUCUGAGCUAUUUGGUUAUCACUACCACCCGCAUCACCAUAGUGCUCCAUCCCAUUCGUACAUUCCACCGGCAGCUACUGCUCCUGAACCAGUCUUCGCUCCUGCGCCCGCUCCAGCUUACCAGCCAGCUCCUGCAGCCGCUGCCCCAGCUCCAGUUUAUCAACCAGCACCCGCCCCUGUAUACCACCCAGCCCCAGCUGCCGCAGCCCCAGAGCCAGUCUAUGCUCCAGCCCCUGCCGCAGCUGCUCCUGAGCCAGUUUACCAACCUGCUCCAGCGGCCCCUGAACCAGUCUACCAGCCAGCUCCUGCUGCCCCCGCUCCGGUCUACCAGCCAGCUCCCGCUCCAUCAGCUCCUGUGUCAUCUUACAUUCCACCUGCACCUGCAGCAGCAGCUCCUGAACCAGUGUACGCCCCAGCUCCAGCCGCCGCUGCCCCCGAGCCAGUCUACCAACCUGCCCCAGCACCAGUAUACCAGCCAGCUCCAGCCGCAGCAGCGCCAGCUGCAGUCUACCAACCAGCUCCAGCUGCCUCCCAAAUCUACGAGCAGCCCGCUGAGGAUGGUUACAGAUACCGUACCAAAUUCUUCUCCUUUGCCGCCUUCACAGCCGCUUUGGCCGUCGUUUGCGCUGACGUCUCCGAACUGGGUUACGGCUACCAGCAGCCUGCAGCUAGCGCUCCAUCUCGUUCAUACAUUCCGCCAGCGGCAUCUGCUCCUGCACCAGCCGUCGUCUCUGUCCCGGUACCAGCACAAGUGUACCAACCAGCUCCAGCUGCCGCGGCACCAGCUCCGGUCUUUGCUCCCGCUCCUGCUCCAGCUCCUGUUUAUCACCCAGCACCCGCUGCAGCUGCUCCAGCUCCAGUCUAUCAGCCAGCUCCUGCACCAUCAGCUCCCGUCUCAUCUUACAUUCCACCUGCACCGGCUGCCGCAGCACCUGAACCCGUUUACGCUCCAGCUCCAGCUGCCGCCGCUCCUGAGCCAGUUUACCAACCAGCUCCAGUUUACCAACCCGCACCAGCGGCACCUGCGCCCGUGUAUCAACCAGCUGCUUCCGAAGUUUACGAGCAACCCGCACAGGACGGCUACAGAUACCGCACCGUCCGUCGUCGUGUCUACAAGCAACGUCGCUUCUAA